AUGUUCCUGUGCACGUCAGCUGUCAAGGGGGGUACAAACCCCGUGCAGCAGCCGCAGACUGAUUGGCAGACACGUGCCGACGCCGUGAGGAGUUUUCCCAACCCUAUGUACGCCUCCGGAGAAGUUACAACAGGUGCCACACCCGUGCAGCAGCCCCAGACUUAUCGGCGGUCCGUUGCGGACGCCGCUGCGCGUAUACCAAACCCCAUGUACAUUAGCGGAACAGGUACAAACCCCGUGCAGCAGCCGCAGACUGAUUGGCAGACACGUGCCGACGCCGUGAGGAGUUUUCCCAACCCUAUGUACGCCUCCGGAGAAGUUACAACAGGUGCCACACCCGUGCAGCAGCCCCAGACUUAUCGGCGGUCCGUUGCGGACGCCGCUGCGCGUAUACCAAACCCUAUGUACAUUAGCGGAACAGGUGAGGCCACAAUCCGUGAGGGCACGGAUCCUGAUACUGACUUGCGACCAGAUAGCAUGGAGCCAUAUGCCGUCAGAUAUCAGGACGAAGAUGCUGAUGAUGACAAUGGCCUGUCAGUAGAAAGAAGAGCUGCUGCCUCUUCCGAGAGUGAAGACGAUUCGGACUACCCAGACGAACCUGACUCCUACACGGAUGCUCCACACGACUAUCAAGACGAACCAGAUACCCACACGGAUGAUCCAGACAGCUACCAACACACACUGCAGGUGAAGAGAACACCCCAGCUCCCAGCAUUAACAAGUGACACACUGCAGGUGAAGAGAACACCCCAGCUCCCAGCAUUAACAAGUGACACACUGCAGGUGAAGAGAACACCCCAACUCUCACCACCAACAGAUGACACACCACAGGUGAAGAGAACACCCCAGCCUUCACCACCAUCAACAGGUGACACACCACAGGUGAAGAGAACACCCCAGCCUUCACCACCAUCAACAGGUGACACACCACAGGUAAAGAGAACACCCCAGCCUUCACCACCAUCAACAGGUGACACACCACAGGUAAAGAGAACACCCCAGCCUUCACCACCAUCAACAGGUGACACACCACAGGUGAAGAGAACACCCCAGCCUUCACCACCAUCAACAGGCGACACACCACAGGUAAAGAGAACACCCCAGCCUUCACCACCAUCAACAGGUGACACACCACAGGUGAAGAGAACACCCCAGCCUUCACCACCAUCAACAGGUGACACACCACAGGUGAAGAGAACACCCCAGCCUUCACCACCAUCAACAGGUGACACACCACAGGUGAAGAGAACAGCCCAGUCCCCUCCACCAUCGGCAGACAGUGUCACACAACAGCUAAAGAGAACAGCCCAGUCCUCUCCACCAUCGGCAGACAGUGUCACACUACAGGUGAAGAGAACAGCCCAGUCCUCUCCACCAUCGGCAGACAGUGUCAUACUACAGAAGAGAACAGCCCAGUUCUCUCCACCACCGGCAGACAGUGUCACACUACAGGUGAAGAGAACAGCCCAUUCCUCUCCACUAUCAGCAGAUAGUCCACUAUCAGCAGAUAGUGCCAUACUACAGGUGAAGGGAACAUCCCCGCCGUUGCAAACAUCAGCAAAAGGUGACACACCACAGGUGCAGGGAACACCCCAACCGACCUCGGUAGAUGCUGACUCACCACGUGUGCCGACGACAUACCAGAGCACACCUGAUCACCCAGCGUAUCUUCAUCCUGUGGCUCGUCCCCCACCUGAGCCACCCCCGUCUGAGUGA